AUGUACGGAGAUAUCAUAAAGGAGCAGGAGAGAAGACAUUUUAUUGAAAAGGUUGAGGAAACAAAACUUCCUACCAAUCGACCCGUACACUAUAUCCCGCAUCAUCCUGUUUCCAAGGAAUCAUCUACUACGCCAAUACGCAUUGUUUAUGAUUGUAGCUGCAAAGAUGGAAGAGAUAAUCCAAGUCUAAAUGAAUGCUUAGAAUCACACCCACCUGUUAUGAAUGAUAUUACGGGAAUACUUAUGAGAUUUCGCGCUAAGAAAUAUGCUACAACAUCAGAUUUAGAAAAGGCAUUUCUACAAAUACAGCUCGACGAGAAAGACCGAGAUGCAACCGAAACUGAACGAAAGAAAGAUUUGUUACGUAGUGAUGAAAUUGAAAAUGCAAAAUUCCUAUGGAUAAGAUAUACACAAGGUAAAAUAUUUAGUGACGAAAUAAAUUGUAUAGAUAAUUCUACAAAACGUAAAACACUUGUGCGACAAUUAAAAAAACUCUUUCUAGACGAAAAGCAAUUAUUACGAUGUGGUGGCCGCCGAAUAGACAAUGCGACAGUAGGAGAAACAGUCAAGUUUCCAUAUCUGUUACCGGCAAAGGACCGUCUCACACAUUUGAUAGUGUUAGAAGCACAUGAGAAUACACUACAUUCAGGAAUAAAUAUCACUCUAGCAUACAUACAACAAACAUUUUGGAUUCCGAAAUUAAGACAGUGCGUCAAAUCUAUAUUGAUGAAAUGUGUAACGUGCCGAAAAGUAAUCGGAAAAUCUUAUCCCGCACCAGAAAUUCCACCAUUACCAAAAGAGAGAGUUCAAGAUGCCACACCCUUUAGCAUAACCGGUGUAGACUUCACAGGUGCGCUAACGACAAGAAACAGACACAACGAAGAAUCGAAGGUUUACAUUUGCCUAUUUACAUGUGCUGUCACUCGAGCCGUACAUUUGGAAUUAGUUUACGAUCUCAGCGAAGAAUCUUUUUUAUUGUGUUUCCGGAGAUUUGUAAGUCGACGAUCAGUGCCAAAAAUAAUGAUGUCAGAUAAUGCGCUAACAUUUAAAGCUGCUUCAAACGAAAUUUCACGACUUUGCAAUUCUAGAAAAGUUAAAGAAAAUAUUCAGAAUUAUGGCAUUGAAUGGAAGUUCAUCCCAAAUAGAGCUCCAUGGUUCGGAGGCAUGUGGGAAAGAAUGAUUGGCUUAAGAAAAUAUUAG